AUGGCUGAGGGGCAGCAGGUGGGACCCGCCGCCGACGCCUGGGAAAUCGACGUGGAGAGCCUGGAAGAGCCCGAGCAGCCGCCGCGUGCGCCUUCCUUACAGGCCGCCGGAGACGACGACGAGGAAGACGACAACCAGGGUGACGACGACGAUGACGGCGAAGAAGACGAAGAGGAAGCCGGGGCAGCAGGCGGUUGCCUUCUCCGGUUGCCUGGGCUGCCUCAGCCGCAGCUUGUCUCGCCGUCGCCGUCGGCGGAGGAAGGAGGCGUAGGCGGCGGGGAGCAGCCGGUCCGCAAGCUUAGCCGCACACCCAAGUGCGCGCGCUGCCGCAACCACGGCGUGGUUUCCUGCCUGAAAGGCCACAAGCGCUUCUGCCGCUGGCGGGACUGCCAGUGUGCCAACUGCCUGCUGGUGGUGGAGCGGCAGCGCGUGAUGGCCGCCCAGGUGGCGCUUCGCAGGCAGCAGGCCACCGAGGAUAAGAAGGGACAUACAGGGAAACAGGCUAAUUUUGAGCGCAGAACAGUGUACCAGAGACAUGUUCGGACGCCUAGUUUGUUGGCUAAAAGCAUUUUAGAAGGUUAUCGCCCCAUUCCAGCAGAACCUUACCUUGGAGGGAAUUCAUCCUUGCCACCUCCUGUUAGCGACAGAAUGAGAAAAAGACGGGCUUUUGCUGACAAAGAACUUGAGAACAUAAUGCUUGAACGGGAAUAUAAGGAACGAGAAAUGAUGGAAGCCACCCAGGCUGCCGCUUUCUUCCUGCCAAACCGGAUGGUACAUGGGCCCGAGUACAAUUCUUAUAAAAGUUUUAACCCUCAUCAACUUGAAGCUUCCAGUAAGGAGUUUUGUGGUUUUCUGCCUACCUGCUUAGAUCUGACUAUGCAGUAUUCAGGCUCAGGAAACAUGGAACUGAUCUCAUCAAAUUUGAGUGUGGCCACUACCUACAGGCAAUAUCCUUUACCCUCCAGAUUCUUGGUGUGGCCAAAAUGUGGCCCUCUCAAUGAUGCCCUUCUCUAUCAGCAAUGCCUUCUAAACGCUACUACAGUCCAGUCUCUUAAACCUGGAGUAGCUUGGGACAAUAAAGCUUCCCAUGGCCAGGAUUUUCCCACCUCUGAACAUGACAUCACAUUGUCAAAUGAGAACACAUUGCACCAUCCUCAUGUUCGGGAACUUGAGACACCGCAAAACGAACUCCAAAACAUCUCUCGGGAGGCUCAUGAGAGGUCAGCAUUUUCAUCUCCUAAGAGGACCUUUUCACAGAUUUCUGGCAAAGAUCCUACAGUUCAUCAGGACCCGCCUCUCAACAAGAUCAACAAAGAAAGCAACAAGCAGCAUCUGCUACUGCCACCCUCAUCCAAAUAUAGCCCAUUCCAUUCAUUAUUCCAGCAGACGCUUCAUAGCAAAUCAGGAUCAGAGUUAAAAACCAGUUUUGAUGAGGCAUCCAAGAAAUAUAGAGAGUGUACCUUCAGAGAAAACCAAAAGUACAAAUUCAGCAUUGACAGAUAUGCAAAAGACUUUCUGGACACUAAACAAGUUGUAACAAAAUUAUCAACAAAUGAACCAUUACCAUUUUCUGUUGAAUCAAUUCUUAAGCGACCCUCUUCAAUGGUCACCAAUGUUUCUCAGUAG